AUGGGUAUUCAAUUGAUGGGGAUUGCUCAUGCCAAACAAAAGCUCCAACGCAGUCUUUCAGCUAAAAUUGCAAGUGUUUUGGCUACUUCUUACAAUGUUCCCAAAGGUCACAUUGCUGUCUACGUUGGAGAAGGCUACAGAAAGAGAUUUGUGAUUCCAAUAUCAUAUUUGAACCACCCUUUGUUCCUGGAGCUGCUUAACCGUGCAGAAGAGGAGUUCGGAUUUGAUCAUCCAAUGGGUGGUCUUACAUUACCCUGCACUGUAGAGUACUUCACUAGUCUAAUUUCAGUUUUGAGUUGCUCGUAA